UGAAACAACACGGUGUCUGAUUGGUCGAUGGAGUCACUCCUCCUACUGUUUAAAGCCGUCAUCAGAGUGGAGAACCCUUCAGAACGUCUCAGAGCUGCAGCAGAACCUUCCUCCUGAUGUCUGGGUCCAUCUGCCGCCUCCUGAUCCUCCUGGUCCUCCAGGACCUCCGGCCGACCCCCGGGCAGCUCCAGGACCUCGGGGACCAGAGCGUCUGCCAGCCCAUCUCCAUCCCGCUGUGCAGAGACCUGGACUACAACCGGACCGUCCUGCCCACCCUGCUGGGCCAUGGCAGCCAGGAGGACGCCGGUCUGGAGGUGCACCAGUUCUACCCGCUGGUGGAGGUCCAGUGCUCGGCAGAACUGCGCUUCUUCCUGUGCUCCCUGUACGCCCCGGUGUGCACAGUUCUGGACCGGGCCAUCCCUCCCUGCCGGGCGCUGUGCGACCGGGCCCGGCGGGGCUGCGAGCCGCUCAUGAACCGGUUUGGCUUCCUGUGGCCGGAGCGGCUCCGCUGCCAGAACUUCCCAGUCCAUGGCGCCGGAGAGAUCUGCGUGGGCCAGAACACCAGCAACAGCGACCCGACCCCCAGCCUCCCUGAGCUCCAGACCCCGUCCCCCCAGACCUUCUCCUGCCCCCGCCAGCUGCAGGUGCCCCCCUACCUGGGCUACCGGUUUCUGGGGGCCGUGGACUGUGGUGCCCCCUGUGAGGCGGCCCGGCCCGGAGGACUCCUGUUCUUCUCUGGGGAGGAGGUGAAGCUGGUCCGGUGGUGGGUCGGCAUCUGGUCGGGUCUGAGCGCCGUCAGCAGCCUCUUCACCGUCCUCAGCUCCCUGCUGGACGCCCGGCGGUUCCGCUACCCGGAGAGACCCGUUGUCUUUCUGUCCGGCUGCUGCUUCGUGGUGGCGGCGGCGUACGGUGCCGGCUUCCUGCUGCAGGACCGGGUGGUGUGCAUGGACCGGUUCAGGGAGGACGGAUAUCGGACGGUGGUCCAGGGGUCCAGGCAGGAUGGCUGCACCGUCCUCUUCACGGUUCUGUACUUCUUCGGCAUGGCAAGCUCCGGGUGGUGGGUGGUUCUGUCCGUUUCCUGGUUCCUGUCCGCUGCCAUGGCAUGGGGUCAGGAGGCCAUCGAGGCCAAGGCUCGGUUCUUCCAUGCGGCAGCCUGGUUGGUGCCGGCGGUCCAGACGGUGGCGGUCCUGGUGUCGGGGCGUGUGGAGGGCGACCUGCUGACGGGCGUCUGCUCUGUGGGAAUCUACGACGAGGCGGCGCUGCGAGGCUUCGUCGUGGCGCCGCUCAGCAUCGGCCUCCUGGUCGGCGCCUCCUUCCUGCUGGCCUGCAUCGUGUCGCUGCUCCGGAUCAGAACUGUCAUGAAGCGCGGCGGCGCAGAGACGGUGAAGCUGGAGAGGCUGAUGAUGCGUGUUGGCGUGUUUGGCGUUCUCUACACGGUUCCCACUGCCGCCGUCAUCGCCUGCUGCCUCUACGAGCUGACCUCACGGCGCCGCUGGGAGGAAACAUGGCGGCUGCAGACCUGCAGACGAUUCGCUGUAACGUGUCCAGACGGACGGACGGCACCGAGCUCACCGGACCUCACCGUGUUCCUGGUGAAAUACCUGAUGAGCCUCAUGGUCGGCGUCACGUCGGGGUUCUGGGUUUGGUCGAGGAAGACGCUGCAGUCGUGGCGACGCUUCGUACAACUGAACAGUGACGAGACACCAGAACCCCGACCCACAGUUUGACCAGAACACUGAAGAAGAACCUUCAGCUGGACCAACACUGGACUCAUCAGGUAACGUCUGCUGGAAAAUGGAAACCAGGGUUUCAAAAAAAAUCACAAGUUCUUUUCAAAAUGACAGUUUAAGGAGAAUCUGUCACAAAUUUGAUUACAUUUGUCGUAUGUUAUGCAAAAAAUGAUCUAAAAUUACAUAAAAUUGGUUCAAAACUUGUGCAAAGUCACAUAAAAUCACACAAAAUGAUAGAGUUUUAAGAACAUGACUUGAAAUUUGCUUAUAAUUACAUGAAACAUGUCCAAAAAUAUGUUAAAAUGACAUCAAAUUGUCCAAAUGUGCUUGAAAUUCAUCAGAGAUUAGAAUUGAUCCAGAAUGUCUUGAAGUUUUCCCUGACAAAGACUUAACUUCUGAAUCUGGACCACAUCACUCAGAAUUUACCAAAAAAUUCUGUGAAAUUUGUCCAGAAUGAGAUUUAAAAACAUACGAUGAAAAACCAACAGUUCAGCUGAAAUAAAACACAUUCGAUGUUCAAAUGUUCAAGGUUCUUCUUCCUGUUCUUCCCUCCGAUGAUGAACGUCUGUAGAUCUUCAUCAGGUCCUGCUGGUCGGAGGAGCUUCAGGAGAACUCAGGAUGAUGAUGAUAUUCCAGCUGUUUGUUCUUUGUGGUGACGUUCUACGUCUAAACCAGUUUUAGGGAUAGUGGAGGUCUCUAGACUCUGGUGCUGGAGGAACCAACUGGACUUCUUCUGGUUGGUUCUGGAAGGUUCUUCACCUCUCUGAGAGGUAAAAGAUCUUCCAGAACCUUCCAGAAGA